GUCACCACCGGGGGAAGCUUCACAUCGUAUCUCGAAUUGUCACGGCCCAAUCCAAUCGAACUACUCACCCCAAUUCUACGUCCCGGCGGACAAAGCGGCCCACCUUCGUCAAUCGACUUACCAAUACUCCCCCUCGAGACGAAACACACAUAUCUACCGCGACAAUGGUUGGCAGGGUCCUCUUCUGGAGUGGCUUCGGCUUCGCCGUCCGCUUCUGGCAAAUGGGCAUUGAAAUGCGCCCCUUCUUCAACAAGGAGUCCCUCUGGGUCUACCCGGUCUACAUGCUCGGCGGUGGCAGCUUUGGCUACUGGCUACAGGGCGUCGACGAGAGGCAGUCGUCCAUCCUCAGCGAGCGCAAGUCCAUCCUGCUCGAGAAGCGCGCGAGGGCGGCGGCGCGCAAGGAGGCGGAGCAGUCAUAGAAGACUACGAAAUUUGAAGAGUGGACGAAAAUCAUCGACAAAAGAGAGAGGCAGAGGGAGGGGGGAGAGAUCAGACCUAAAGGCUUUCUGGUGGAGACAAGCUUUGUGACACCCAUCUGAGUGAGGAAGAGGCAGAUGGAGACCGGUCAAUUCGGGUGUCGAUUGGGGACCUCGAAGAAUCAUUCUCGUUCUAGAGGUGGAACUGGGAUUGCGCGGGAACUGAUUAGGACGCCAAUUAGGAAAUCCCUUUAGAGUCCCUUUGUAUAUGUUACGUAGAAAGAAGGGGAGGCUUAAUUGACGCCGUUCAAGUCAUCGAUAUCUACAGUGUCAUCCCUGAGGCAUCCCCAUCAUCAAGUUGGGCCUAGGACGUGCU